CUGUAUGGAUUAUUUCGCUACAACCCCAUGAUGCUUCGACUGGAAUCCCUCCCAGACCCCACGGACACCUGGGAGAUUAUAGAAACCAUUGGCAAAGGCACUUACGGCAAGGUCUACAAGGUGGCCCACAAGAGAGACGGGAGUCUGGCGGCUGUGAAGAUCCUGGACCCCGUGAGUGAUAUGGAUGAGGAGAUUGAGGCUGAAUACAACAUUCUGCGGUUUCUCCCUAACCACCCCAAUGUCGUGCAGUUUUAUGGGAUGUUUUACAGAGUGGAUCGUUGCGUCGGAGGACAGCUGUGGCUGGUCCUGGAGCUGUGUAACGGGGGCUCUGUCACUGAGCUUGUCAAGGGCCUCCUGAGACGUGGCAAGCGGCUGGAUGAAGCUGUGAUCUCCUACAUUCUGUAUGGAGCCCUCUUGGGCCUUCAGCAUUUGCACCACCAUCGAAUCAUCCACCGGGAUGUGAAGGGGAAUAACAUUCUCCUGACGGCAGAAGGAGGAGUCAAGCUCGUUGACUUUGGUGUCUCUGCUCAGCUUACAAGCACACGCCUACGGAGAAACACAUCAGUUGGGACCCCAUUCUGGAUGGCCCCUGAGGUCAUUGCUUGUGAACAGCAGUAUGACUCGUCCUAUGACGCUCGUUGUGACGUCUGGUCUUUGGGCAUCACAGCCAUUGAGCUGGGAGAUGGAGACCCUCCCCUCUUUGAAAUGCAUCCUGUGAAAAUGCUCUUUAAGAUCCCAAGAAAUCCUCCCCCCACUUUGCUGCACCCAGAAGAAUGGUGUGAGGCCUUUAACCACUUCAUUUCACAGUGUCUUAUUAAAGAUUUUGAAAAGCGGCCUUCGGUCACCCAUCUCCUGGAACACCCAUUCAUUAAAGGAACUCAAGGCAAGAUUUUGUUUCUGCAAAAACAGCUGGCCAACGUGCUCCGAGACCAGAAACGUCUGAACCCUGUUACCAAAACCAGGCACGAAAGGAUGCAUACCAGAAGACCCUAUCGAGUGGAGGAUGCUGACAGACACUGCCUCGAAGAUGACUUGGUCAAUCUCGAGGUCCUGGAUGAGGACACAAUUAUCUACUGGCUGGAGAAGCGCUAUGCAGACGCGCUGAUCUACACCUAUGUGGGAGACAUUCUAAUCGCCUUAAACCCCUUCCAGAAUCUAAGCAUAUACUCUCCACAGUUUUCCAGGCUUUAUCACGGGGCGAAGCGAGCCUCGAAUCCUCCCCACAUAUUCGCGUCAGCAGACAAUGCUUACCAGUGUUUGGUCACUUUCAACAAAGACCAGUGCAUCGUCAUCAGUGGAGAGAGUGGAUCAGGGAAGACAGAAAGCACCCACCUCAUCGUUCAGCAUCUGACUUUCUUGGGAAAGGCCAACAAUCAAACCUUACGCCAGAAAAUCCUCCAAGUGAACUCCCUGGUGGAAGCUUUUGGGAACGCCUGCACAGCCAUCAAUGACAACUCCAGCCGGUUUGGAAAGUAUCUGGAAAUGAUGUUCACACCAACUGGAGCUGUGAUGGGGGCGAGAAUCUCCGAGUACCUCCUUGAAAAGUCCAGAGUUAUAAAGCAGGCCGCGGGAGAGAAAAAUUUUCACAUAUUUUACUAUAUUUAUGCUGGCCUUUAUCACCAAAAGAAACUUUCUAAGUUCAGACUUCCUGAGGAAAAGCCUCCUAGAUACAUAGCUGCUGAAACUGGGCGAGUCAUGAAGGACAUCACGUCCAAGGAGUCUUACCGGAGACAGUUUGAGGCGAUCCAGCACUGCUUCAGGAUUAUCGGGUUCACCAACAAGGAGGUUCAUUCCGUGUACAGAAUUCUGGCUGGGAUUUUGAAUAUCGGGAACAUCGAGUUUGCAGCUAUUUCCUCUCAGCACCAAACGGACAAAAGCGAGGUACCCAACCCUGAAGCUUUGGAAAAUGCUGCCUGUGUACUCUGCAUCAGCCCUGAGGAGCUCCAGGAGGCUCUCACGUCCUACUGUGUGGUCACCCGAGGCGAGACCAUUGUCCGAGCCAACACCGUGGACAGGGCUGCAGAUGUCAGGGAUGCCAUGUCUAAGGCCCUCUAUGGGAGACUCUUCAGCUGGAUUGUGAAUCGCGUCAACACACUCCUGCAGCCAGAUAAAAACAUAUGCAGUGCCGAGGACAGGAUGAACGUGGGCAUCUUGGACAUUUUUGGCUUUGAGGAUUUCCAGAGGAAUUCCUUUGAACAGCUCUGCAUAAAUAUCGCCAACGAGCAGAUCCAGUACUACUUCAAUCAGCACGUGUUCGCUCUCGAGCAGAUGGAGUACCAGAACGAAGACAUUGAUGCUGUCCCUGUGCAGUAUGAGGACAAUCGCCCGCUCCUGGACAUGUUCCUCCAAAAACCCUUGGGCCUCCUUGCCCUUCUGGAUGAGGAAAGUCGGUUUCCCCAAGCGACAGACCAGACCUUGGUCGAUAAAUUUGAAGAUAACCUACGGUGCAAGUUCUUCUGGAGGCCCAAAGGAGUGGAGCUCUGCUUUGGCAUUCAACACUACGCUGGCCCGGUACUAUAUGAUGCUUCUGGGGUUCUUGAGAAAAACAGAGACACUCUCCCGGCUGAUGUGGUUGUAGUCCUGAGGACGUCUGAGAACAAACUUCUUCAGCAACUGUUCUCAAUCCCCUUGACCAAAACAGGUAAUUUGGCCCAAACAAGAGCUAGGAUCACAGCAUCUUCAAGAUCUUUGCCUCCACAUUUCAGUGCUGGGAAAGCCAAGGUAGACACCCUGGAGAUGAUCCGUCAUCCAGAAGAAACUACCAACAUGAAGAGACAAACCAUGGCUUCUUAUUUCCGGUACUCACUGAUGGAUCUGCUCUCCAAAAUGGUGGUGGGACAGCCCCACUUCGUGCGUUGCAUUAAACCUAACAACGAGCGCAAGGCCCUGCAGUUCUCCCCAGACAGAGUCCUGGCCCAGCUCCGCUCCACAGGGAUCCUGGAGACAGUCAGCAUCCGCAGGCAGGGUUAUUCCCACCGAAUCCUCUUUGAAGACUUUGUGAAAAGGUAUUAUUACUUGGCGUUCCGAGCACAUCAAACACCUCCUGCUAACAAAGAGAGCUGUGUUGCUAUCUUGGAAAAGUCCAGAUUAGAUCACUGGGUCCUGGGAAAAACAAAGGUUUUUCUCAAAUAUUACCACGUGGAACAAUUAAAUUUGCUACUGCGAGAAGUCAUAGGCCGAGUGGUCAUGCUGCAGGCAUAUACCAAGGGCUGGCUCGGAGCCAGAAGAUACAAACGAGCCAGAGAGAAGAGAGAGAAGGAGAAGGCUGCCAUUGCCAUCCAGUCAGCCUGGAGAGGAUAUGAUGCUCGGAGGAAAUUUAAGCAAAUCAGCCACAGAAGGAGUGAGACUGCGGUUCAUGCUCAAGCAGUUCUCCAGACCUCUCCUGAGAAGAGAAGCUGUCCAGAUUCAGAUGCAGAAUCAAACAACGGCCACGAAGAAACUUCAAGUGCCUCCUCUGCUAAAGCCGCCACAGAUUGGCAUCUGCAAGCCCGGAGUUCCCCAUCAGGCUGUGAUGUUGUCUCAGAACAUGUAUUUAAGACAGCUGGGCAUCCCAAUGCUGAGCUCUCAGUUGCUGGAACUGAUGUGUCGUCUUCCUGGACGUGUUAUACUGCCCCAGCUCACCAAAGACCGAACACCUGCGAAGGCGCUCCCACACCCGGUUCAGAAGAUGGUCUCUCCCAGAAGCAGCGAGCACCUCGCAGACGGUGUCAGCAGCCCAAAAUGUUGAGUAGCCCCGAGGACACCAUGUACUAUAACCAGUUAAAUGGAACUCUAGAAUAUCAAGGGAGCCAGAGGAAGCCAAGAAAACUUGGACAAAUCAAAGUCCUGGACGGGGAAGACCAGUAUUACAAAUGCCUCUCCCCUGGGGCCAGUGCCCCUGAGGAAAACGACUCCGCUCACCUGUUCUUUUUCUCCUCGUCACCCAGAGGAGACUCCGAUGCUCCGCACUGA